UGUAAACCUAACUUCACUAUAUUGUUUUGGGUCUUCUUGUUCGUAGUUUACUUCAGCACAGCCGGUUUCUUUCAAACGAAGGCGGAUCAAAGAUCUAGAGUCCUCUAAACCCCCAAAAUGGUUCAAUCAGCAAAACCCAUAUCCAGCCCCGUCCCAGUCGUUUGGUACCCUUCAUUAGCUGUGCUGAUGCUCGCCGUUGGUCUUGUCAUCACCGCUUCUUUCUUCAUCUAUGAAGCAACAUCUUCCAGGAAAAGCCGUAGUCUUGCUAAAGAAGUUGUAACAGGAGCAGUGGCAUCUGUCUUUUUGGGAUUUGGAUCCUUGUUCUUGCUCCUUGCUUCUGGUGUUUAUGUUUGAGGAUGAUUUUUGUAUUUCAACCACCUUGUUAUUCUAGAACCCUAAUGGGGUAUCUUCUAAAUUGGAUCUUUUAGAAAUACAAUAUAUGUUUUCUACAGACAAUUUUAUGGUGAUAUAUUAACGUUAGCAGUUGA